AAGCAGGAGGAGCUGGCUUGGGCAGUUUGUAUGAGUCGGGGAGGUUCUGGGGAUUUAUUUUUGAUUUACAUUAACCAGCGUCCAGGGCUAAAAGAAAACCAACAAAACCCACCUUUAACAAUUUCCAGUUGAACAGAGACGCAGCCUCCCCCGGGCUAGUGCUGAUGGGUUUGUUGUGCUUAGAACCGGGGAGCUGAGUGCACUGGGAAACAUACAACUGAUCCUGAUAUUCGGCCCUACUCCUCGACUGUCCCCGGUGGUAUAGGCAAAUUGAGUGUUAAAAAAGGGGAAAGACCGCCAGCAACAUGUCAACUGUACAUACCACAGUAUCAGACAUCCGCACCAGGGCAGAAGGUUACGAAAAACCAGAUGAUGUUUCUGAAAAAACGUCUCUCGCUGAUCAAGAAGAAUCCAGAAUAAUUUUCAUUAACCAGCCUCAGCUGACCAAAUUCUGUAACAAUCAUGUCAGCACUGCAAAAUAUAACGUCAUAACCUUCAUGCCAAGAUUUCUGUAUUCCCAGUUCAGAAGAGCAGCCAACUCCUUUUUCCUGUUCAUUGCACUUCUCCAGCAAAUUCCAGAUGUAUCUCCAACUGGUCGUUAUACAACAUUGGUUCCCCUCUUGUUCAUUUUAGCUGUUGCAGCAAUAAAAGAAGUUAUAGAAGAUAUUAAAAGACAUAAAGCUGACACUUAUGUGAACAAGAAAAAAACACAAGUACUGAGAAAUGGUGCUUGGGAGAUUGUACAUUGGGAAAAGGUGACUAUAGGGGAAAUAGUGAAAGUUACCAAUGGGGAACAUCUCCCAGCUGAUCUCAUCAGUCUUUCGUCAAGUGAACCUCAAGCUAUGUGCUACAUUGAAACUUCAAAUCUCGAUGGAGAAACAAAUUUGAAAAUACGACAGGGUCUUGCUCUGACAUCUGAAAUGAAAGACAUAGAUACAUUAAUGAGACUGAGCGGCAGAAUCGAGUGUGAAAGUCCUAACAGACAUUUGUACGAUUUCAAUGGAAACCUCAGACUGGAUGGACAUGGUACUGUCCCAUUGGGGCCGGACCAAAUACUACUGAGAGGAGCUCAAUUAAGAAAUACUCAGUGGGUCCAUGGUAUAGUUGUUUACACUGGACAUGAUACUAAGCUCAUGCAGAAUUCAACAAGACCUCCUCUCAAACUAUCAAAUGUAGAGCGAAUAACCAACAUCCAAAUUCUGCUCUUGUUUGCGACUCUUAUAACAAUAUCGUUAAUAUGUUCCAUUGGCUCAUCUAUAUGGAAUGCCAGACACGAAGAACAUGACUGGUACCUCAAUUUGAACUAUGGAGGAGCUAGCAACUUUGGACUGAAUUUUUUAACGUUUAUCAUUCUCUUCAACAAUCUCAUACCCAUCAGUUUGCUGGUUACUUUGGAGGUGGUAAAAUUUAUUCAGGCGUACUUUAUUAAUUGGGAUGUGGACAUGCACUAUGAGGCCACUAAUACAGGUGCUAUGGCACGAACAUCAAACCUUAAUGAAGAACUAGGACAAGUAAAAUACAUCUUUUCUGACAAAACUGGGACCCUAACCUGCAAUGUUAUGCAAUUUAAGAAGUGUACAAUCGCAGGAAAUGCCUAUGGCCAUUGUCCAGAGCCAGAGGAAAAAGACAGUAUCUCUAGGGAAGAGUCUUGGCAGGAUAUCCAAAGUGACGAAGAGAGUCUGGACUUCCAUGAUGCAUCUCUCCUAGAGAAUCUUGAAAGUAAUCAUCCAACUGCACCAGUGAUAUGUGAAUUCCUAACAAUGAUGGCAGUAUGUCACACUGCUGUGCCUGAGCGCGAUGGAGAUCAGAUCAUUUAUCAAGCGUCCUCACCUGAUGAAGCUGCCCUGGUCAAAGCAGCGAAACAGCUACGGUUUGUUUUUACUGGCAGGACACCCAAUACAGUAAUUAUUGAGUCUCUUGGUCAAGAAGAAAAAUUUGAGUUGUUAAAUGUCCUGGAAUUUACAAGUAAUCGGAAACGUAUGUCUGUGAUCGUUCGUAAUUCAGCAGGGAAAAUAAGAUUGUACUGCAAAGGAGCUGACACAGUCAUUUAUGAUCGUUUAGCUGAAACUUCAAAGUACAAAGAAAUUACUUUAAAACAUUUGGAACAGUUUGCUACAGAAGGUUUAAGAACCCUUUGCUUUGCGGUUGCUGCAAUUCCAGACAGUGCAUAUGAAGAAUGGUUGAAUGUCUACCACAGAGCAUCCACUUCUAUACAGAAUAGAUCUUUGAAAAUGGAAGAGUGUUAUGAAUUAAUAGAAAAAAACCUUCAUUUACUUGGAGCCACAGCCAUUGAAGAUAAACUACAAGACCAUGUGCCAGAAACAAUAGAGACACUAAUGAAAGCUGACAUCCGAAUUUGGAUUCUGACAGGGGAUAAACAAGAAACUGCAAUUAAUAUUGGUCAUUCAUGUAAACUGCUAACAAAAAACAUGGGACUAAUAGUUAUCAAUGAAGGCUCCCUUGAUACCACUCGAGAAGUAUUAAGUCAUCACUGCAGUAAUCUUGGCGACUCUCUGAGAAAGGAAAAUGACUUUGCUUUAAUUAUUGAUGGGAAAUCAUUGAAGUAUGCUUUAACAUUUGGAGUACGACAGUAUUUCCUAGAUCUUGCACUUUCAUGUAAAGCAGUUAUAUGCUGCAGAGUAUCCCCGCUUCAAAAAUCCGAAGUUGUAGAUAUGGUGAAAAAACAAGUGAAAGUUAUUACUCUGGCUAUUGGAGAUGGAGCAAACGACGUGAGUAUGAUUCAGACUGCACAUGUUGGAGUUGGUAUAAGUGGGAACGAAGGACUUCAAGCUGCUAAUUCUUCAGAUUACUCCAUAGCACAGUUUAAAUAUCUGAAGAAUUUACUGCUGGUUCAUGGGGCCUGGAACUACAAUAGAGUUUCCAAGUGCAUUUUGUACUGUUUCUAUAAGAACAUAGUGUUGUAUAUCAUUGAGAUCUGGUUUGCAUUUGUGAAUGGAUUUUCUGGCCAAAUUCUGUUUGAAAGAUGGUGCAUAGGUCUUUAUAAUGUGAUGUUCACUGCACUCCCUCCUUUAACCCUUGGAAUAUUUGAACGGUCCUGUCGGAAAGAGAAUAUGCUAAAGUAUCCAGAGCUAUACAAGUCUUCUCAAAAUGCACUAGAUUUCAAUACUAAGGUUUUUUGGGUUCAUUGCCUGAAUGGCCUUUUCCACAGCGUUAUCCUGUUUUGGUUUCCAUUAAAAGUUCUUCAGCAGGGUACUGUGUUUGGAAAUGGAAAAACCUCAGAUUAUCUUUUCUUGGGCAACAUUGUUUAUACGUUUGUAGUGAUAACGGUGUGUUUGAAAGCCGGAUUAGAGACCUCAUAUUGGACCUUGUUCAGUCAUUUGGCUAUUUGGGGAAGCAUUGUUCUAUGGAUUGUUUUCUUUGGUAUCUAUUCCUCCUUGUGGCCUGCCGCUCCUAUUGCACCUGACAUGUCUGGAGAGGCGGAUAUGCUAUUCAGUUCAGGACUUUUCUGGAUGGGCGUUAUCUUUAUCCCUAUAACAUCCUUGCUUCUUGAUGUAUUUUACAAAGUUGUAAAACGAACAAGUUUUAAGACCUUAGUUGAUGAAGUUCAAGAGCUUGAGGCUAAGUCGCAGGAUCCCGGCGCUGUUGUGCAUGGGAAGAGCCUGACCGAAAGGGCGCAGCUGUUAAAAAAUGUCUUUAAGAAGAACACUGUGAACUUGUAUCGCUCUGAAUCUGUGCAGCAAAAUCUGCUACAUGGAUAUGCAUUCUCACAAGAUGAAAAUGGAAUUGUUUCACAAUCUGAAGUCAUCCGCGCAUACGACACAACAAAGCAAAAACCUGAAGAAUGGUGAAUUCCAGUUGUAAUAAGUGUGCAACAAUGCCAUGCCUUUAGUACUGGGUCACAAGAUCUUGUGUGAUAUAAAAGAAGGAAAUAGCAAAAGAUUUUAUUUAGAAGCUUCAAAAAAAGAUCUGUGCUCACAUUUUUCAUAUUUUGUAAUAAAAAAAAAUGUUUUAAAAUACAUGGUUAACAUCCAGUAAUUAGAAAUUGGCAUCACUAUUUUAAUCUUGACAAUCAUAAGCUAAAAUAUCACGUUGCUUGUCAAGAGUGUCAACUGUUGUAAACCUGUUUCAAUGUUAAAGAUCAAGAAUGAAGACCUUUUCUGCUGCUUUUGGUGACCAAUGAGAUUUUGGAACUUGAAAGACGACUAGUUUGCAAAGCUAAUGUUUUGCAUAAAUAGAACAGUGGGAAAGAUUGUGGUAUUGAUAAUCAAAAUUCUAUUCAGCUAGAACAUUUCCAAUGGGAUUAGCUUUCCUCACUGGUAUCACCACCGCUCAGAGGGUUAUGUGUCAAACUAUUUUAAUAAAUGUGUUUGCCAAAGAAGCUGAAUAGAUGCUUUUUCUCAUAGCAAUGUUAUAUAGUCCUGGAAGAAAUUUCAAGCUGAUGUAAAAUGUGCUAUAUAAAUUUGCUUGAAUACUUGGAAAUGUAAAAAAAAAAAAGAAAGAAAAAAGAAAAAGUUGGAAGAUGUUAGACUCUGUCCACUUGCCUUAAUGGCACUUGUUUUUAUUAUCUGUGACAUUUUACACCUUUAGCCUUAUUCAUGAUUUUAGUUUGUCCUGCAUUUUAAAAAUGCGAACAUUUUGAAUAUACUUAUUGAAGCUUGUUUUGCCAUGUACUAUGAUUGUCACAAAUUUCAGUCCAUCUUACAUUAUAUUUUUUAUCCUUUUGAUUAAAAAACCUAAUAAGAUUUGAACCUUUCAAUAUUUUCAAGUACCAUUGUUCCCAAUUUUUUCUUAAACUAAUAUUUUUAAUAUCUCCCUAAAAUAAAUGAGUGUAAUAAUUGUAAAUGACAGCUAGAUCUUGCCUACAACAUUUUAACUGGUAUAUUAGAAAAUUAUGUUUGAUUCUGAAUUCAAUAUUUUUUAUCACAAAAUUAAAUUCUAAAAUGUUUUUAUUAUUUUAUGUAUUUUAGUUUUAAUGUGCUAUAAGGUUCCAUUCUUUUUGUUGUAUUGUUUUGUUACAUAGCCUAAGCUGUAUCUUUAUAUCUAAAUAAUUUUAUUUUAAUAAUAUAUUUUAGGUUUUAAUAAUUUAACUAAAUCUAAAAAAAAUGCCCUGCUGAUUCAGAAAACAUUUGUAACAAAAUGUAACAUUUGAUGUUUACUUUAAACAUAUUUAUAGUUACACAAUUAAUCAUUGUUUUUAUAUAAACUAAAGUAUUAUAAUUCUGUUUAUUAUACACAUUUUAACAAUGUUGUUCUCCAGAAUAAUAUAUAUAGGCAAUGCCAAAUUUACUAUAAUCUCAUAAUACAGCUUCUUACACACAUAAAGUCUCUGUUGCCAUUCCAAAUAAUGCAGGUGCACUUAGACAAUGUACCAGUUUGUUGUCUUGCAUUGUAAUUUGAAACAUGUUAUGUAUUAAAGUAGCUGCACUUUUCUCUUUGUAGUUUUGGAUGUGCUCUGAGUACUAUUGUCAAAGAUCUCCACAACAAAUUAGAAAUUUAAGAAAAAUACCCCAAUAUAUUUUGAACUAAAGUGCAAAUUUAUGUAUGAAGCAAUUUACACAAUUUUAAUUUAAUAUUUCUUAAGACAUCACAUAAACUACAACUUAAAAUAUUUUGUACAUAUGAACCAAAUUGGAUCAUGGUGGACUCCAUUAAGUGCCUGAAUAGAGAUUCUAUAUAUUCAGUUUUCAGUUUCACAUCCAGUAUGAACAAAGUGUCUACAUUGUCCAAAAAGUAAACCAUCUGUUAAGAGAGAUAUCUAUAUAUUCUGUAUAUACUGAAUUUUAUUAGUAUAUCCACAUGGCACAUAUAGUGUCCAGUAUUUUAAAUUGUCCAUGACAAUUAAACACCUUUUGCCUAUAUUAUCCUAUUAUAAAGAUACACAUGCUGUUAUAACAAAUAGCCAUUUUACAUUUGAAAAAUAUAUUAAAACUCUUAGGGAAACCAUUAUACCUAACAUGUCUUUGUCAUAACCAAAUAAUUGGUAAGAUUUUGAUAUCCAUUGUCUAGAGAAAUAAAAAAUAAGAACUGUGCUUAAAAAAAAAUAUGUUACAUUACAUUAUAAAAGAAGAUCUAUACAACAGUAUAACAUAACUGUUUUUAUUUAUUUUUUUAAGAUUUAGAAACUUUGUUCUGAUAAAAACAUUUUGAUGUUUCCAGAAGGCAAUAUAUACAAUAUACUUCCAAAUGGUUUCAUUAUACUCCUUAAUAUUCAUAAAAACAAAAAUGUGAAAUGUUUAUUAAAUAGGUUUUACAAAUGUAAAGCAUAUAAUGUUCUUAUAGUUUUAAUUAUUCCAAUGAAAUGCAAAAUUUACAUUAAAAAAAACCCCUCAGAAUGUUCAUAUUUUUAUGUCAUUCUUUUGUCGUUAAUGCAUUUUGAUUGGUGCAGCUUGACAAUGUCAUUUCUUGUCUGGCAACAUACCAUAUCAGCAUUUUAAAGUUAAAUUAUAAUCAAUUUAAAUGUCAUAACUUCAUAAUUACAUCUUUAUCUUUCAUUAUAAUCUGAUUUAUGAAGUUUACUUUAAUUAUUGCUCCACAUUUAUAGAUUUAUUUUUCUUGAGGUCUUUAAAGGUGAAAAAUCACUAUUGAAUGCUCCAGUAAAGAACGUAACUGUGUGACAGAAACCUGUAUUGCUUAUUUGCUUGCUUGACUUUGAUUUAAAUAAGUAAACACCACCUAUGACUGGGACUGGUUUUACUUUGUUCUACUGUAGUCUUCAGUGUUAAACGUCAAGAUUUCUGAAUGUAUGGGACAUCCUUUUCUUAUUUCUUAAAUUGGUUUAUCUUAUGUGGCUACGUGAAAUGCGUGAGUUUUUAGUGUAUCUGUUCUGUCUGCAUGAAAUACUUAAGUGUAUAUGCUUUAGAAUUACUUUUAUGUAAUGCAAUUUCACUCUUUUGUUCAUUCUCUGAUUUCAACGCUUGCCUUGCAUUUUGCUUUUCGCUGUGUGUGCGCAUAACAGGCUACAUUUAAACUUCUGUGUCUAGAGACAUAGAGAUAAACUGAUAUUAUUUUCUCCAACUAAAUAUUUAAUUUUCAGAUAACCAUUUAUCUUUGCACUGACUUUGAAAACACUGGACAGUUUUUUUUUUUUUCAUGAUAGUAGGUAAAUGUUGGUUAACAUUAUUGUCUUUAUUUAUACUAGAAGCCAUAAUGCAAACACUGUAUCGUUGUUUUUUUAUCUUUUGUUUUGUUUUUUAUUUAUAAUUUACAUUUAUUUACAGCAAGUAGAUCUUGGAAGUAUCUGAAUGUCAAAACCACUGAAUCAUUGCUGCUGUAAUCUGGAAUUGUGAAGCUGCAUGAAUGGAGACAUGUGUUUGUGGUACCCACCCCCUCUGGUUUUGUUUCCAAAGCCUUCCAGGCAGUAUGUUGCCAUGAGAUAUAUUGCAAACCUGCCUAGCAGCAAAGGCAUCAACUUGAAGUUCACUGCACUGUUUUUCUGUUUAAUUUUGUAUCUUUUAAUUCUAUUUAAAAUGUUAUAAUGCAGUGUUUUGUCUCGUUUAUAUUUUGUGAAUGUGCAUGUUUUAAUUAAAAUGUUAUUUUUCAAUGUUUUGUCUCAGUUGUUUAAAAUAAAAGUUUAGUUAAACAUCCAAGAA